AUGUCACUGGGAAAAAAGAAAGAAACAAACGCAAUUCUUCUAAAGUCACUUUUGCGCGAACCAGCAAACAAAAUAUGUGCAGACUGUAAACGUAAUGAGCAACCACGAUGGGCCAGCUGGUCUUUGGGGGUCUUCAUUUGUAUCAGAUGCUCCGGUAUCCAUAGGAGUCUUGGUGUUCACAUCAGUAGAGUGAAAUCUGUAGAUUUGGACGCUUGGACUGAUGAGCAAACCGAAAAUAUGCGUCGGUGGGGAAAUCAACGAGCAAACAUGUACUGGGAAGCAAAACUAGCAGAUGACCACGUCCCCUCAGACAGCAAAGUUGCAAUCUUUAUUCGAACAAAAUAUGAAUUACGAAAGUGGGUUUUAAGUCCUGAGAUCCCUUCUCCCGAAACGCUGAUUCCGUCUAAAAAAUCAAACCCUUCCAUUACUUCACCAGAGCCGAAAGUAGUUAAUAGAUCUGUAGGUACCAGCAUGCCCUCUAUAUCUAAGGAAUCCUUGCAUUAUCCAAGCGAGGCCCCCAUGGUAGAUUUUACUUCUGGGGCUAGCGCAGAGAAUUAUCGCUUGCCAAACCCCAGCGCUUCUACUGCAGCAUCCACUCCGAAUUUGACGUCUCUAUCUGCUAAUAGUUCGUCAAGUACUCAAGCUAAUAGACAGAAAGACCUCAAAUCUUCUAUCCUCUCCUUAUACGCUUCACCUCGUCCCGUAUCCGCCAUGAACUCACCGGUGUCUGCCUUUUCCAACAUUCCGUCGACGCCCAGCUCGAAUGUUCAAGGGUCACAACAAUACGCUAGUCUUCAGUCACCUGUUUCCAGUACUUCUUUUGUCGCCGAAAAAUGGAAGAUGCCUCUUUUUGGCUCAACAAAUGCUUAUUCCUUUUCCCGGGAAUCAGGUAUGCAGUCUCAACCUCCUCGGAGGACCCAGUCUGCUAUGGAUAACAGUAUAAUGAAUACCCAUGAUGUGUGGAAGUAA